CCGGCGAGAGCUGCUGGGCGCGAUGCUCAAUUAGGCGGCCUGAGCCCUUGCGAGCGCGGCGGGCAGGCGUAGCAGCCCGUAGCGGAGCUGGGAGGGCGGGCAGGGGGCUCCCCAUGGCGAGCAGCCGGAGCAUCGAGCUGGAGCACUUCGAGGAGCGGGACAAGCGGCAGCAGCGCUCCGGGCCGCGGCGCGGAGGCUCCGGGUCCGGCGGCGGCGCGGGGCCGCGGGGCAAUGGGCUGGUGCCCAGCCCGGCGCACAGCGCCCACUGCAGCCUCUACCGCACCCGCACCCUGCAGGCGCUCAGCUCCGAGAAGAAGGCGCGCAAAGCCCGCUUCUACCGCAACGGGGACAGGUACUUCAAGGGCUUGGUGUACGCCAUCUCCCCCGACCGCUUCCGUUCCUUCGACGCCCUCCUGGUGGAGCUCACCCGGUCCCUGUCGGACAACGUGAACCUGCCCCAGGGGGUGCGCACCAUCUACACCAUCGAUGGCAGCAAGAAGCUCACCAGCCUGGACGAGCUGGUGGAAGGUGAAAGCUAUGUGUGUGCAUCCAAUGAACCAUAUCGCAAAGUUGAUUACACCAAGAACGUGAACCCGAACUGGUGUGUGAACAUAAGGACUGGGUCCAGUCGGUCCUUGACGUCUUUGACAUCCACAAGGAGCGAAGUGAAGGAGAGUAAAGAUUUCAUUAAACCCAAGUUAGUGACUGUUAUUAGGAGUGGAGUAAAGCCACGGAAAGCUGUGAGAAUUCUGCUGAACAAGAAGACUGCUCAUUCCUUCGAACAGGUCCUGAAUGACAUCACCGAAGCCAUUAAAUUAGACUCGGGUGUAGUCAAGAGACUUUGUACACUGGAUGGGAAGCAGGUAACAUGCUUGCAGGACUUCUUUGGAGAUGAUGACGUCUUCAUCGCGUGUGGGCCGGAGAAGUACCGGUAUGCUCAGGAUGACUUCGUGUUGGAUCACAGUGAAUGUCGUGUUAUGAAGUCUUAUUCCCGCUCCUCUGCCAUGAGGCACACUGCGUCCAAAAGUCCAGGACCUUCACGUCGGAGCAAAUCCCCUGCCUCAGUAAAGAGGGGUGGCCACUCCAGUGCUCAUUCUUCAGCAAAAUCCCCAGUUAAUGGAACCCCAAGCAGUCAGUUAUCCACCCCAAAAUCUACAAAGUCCUCCAGUUCUUCACCAACAAGUCCUGGCAGCUUUCGUGGACUUAAGAUCUCCCCACAUGGUGGAUCUUCUUCCAACGUGAAUGGUGUACCUGAAUCACUCCGUUGCCAGAGUCCUGAAGGCUUGAAUGGAAACAAGUUCUCAGGGUCAUCUACCAUUCUUGAGAAGUACAAAGUGGGGAAGGUGAUUGGUGAUGGCAAUUUUGCUGUUGUAAAGGAGUGUGUGGAACGAUCCACAGGAAAGGAGUUUGCCCUGAAGAUCAUAGACAAGGCCAAGUGCUGUGGGAAGGAGCACCUGAUUGAAAAUGAAGUGUCUAUUCUGCGCCGAGUGAAGCAUCCAAACAUCAUCAUGCUCAUAGAGGAGAUGGACACCCCCACAGAGCUCUACCUGGUGAUGGAGCUGGUCAAGGGAGGAGACCUAUUUGAUGCCAUUACUUCAUCUACAAAAUACACAGAGAGAGAUGGGAGUGCCAUGGUCUACAAUUUAGCCAGUGCUCUCAAAUAUCUUCAUGGUCUCAACAUUGUGCACAGAGACAUCAAGCCAGAAAAUCUUCUGGUCUGUGAAUAUUCGGAUGGAACCAAGUCUUUGAAGCUUGGAGACUUCGGACUGGCGACAGUGGUCGAAGGCCCUUUGUACACUGUCUGUGGGACACCCACCUAUGUGGCUCCAGAAAUCAUUGCAGAGACAGGGUAUGGCCUAAAGGUGGAUAUUUGGGCUGCAGGUGUGAUCACCUACAUCCUGUUAUGUGGAUUCCCACCUUUUCGCAGUGAAAACAACCUUCAGGAAGACCUCUUUGAUCAGAUACUUGUUGGGAAGCUGGAAUUUCCCUCUCCCUACUGGGAUAACAUCACUGAUUCAGCAAAGGAGUUAAUUAGCCUGAUGCUACAUGUGAAUGCUGAAGCCCGGUACACAGCAGCACAGAUCCUAAGCCAUCCCUGGGUGUCAGAUGAUGCUUCCCAGGAGAAUAAUAUGCAAGCUGAAGUAACAGGUAAACUGAAGCAGCACUUUAAUAACACCCUACCCAAGCAAAAUAACACAUCUGCUGGGGUUUCUGUCAUCAUGAACACAGCUCUAGAUAAAGAGAGUCAGAUUUUCUGCAGCAAGCGCUGUCAGGACUCUGGUAGAGCUGGAAUGGAGAAAAUGUCUGCAAUUGCUGCUGCAGCUGCUGAUCCUCGUGUGGCUGGGUCUGAGCCCCUCCUCCCUGCUGCUCCUGAGCCACUCCAGUCCCCCACACUGCCUUCUCCUGAGCUUGCUGGGGAUCAGCCUGGUGCGUAGGACUGGGGAACACAAAUCCAACUGAAGCUCCCCACACUCUGGCCACAGUUUUCUUCAUUUCCCAUGACUGUUUUCAGUUUGUGUGCACCUCUUGUGGUGAGCCCCAGCCAGGUCUGAUCCUCUCCCUCACAGCAGGUGAGCAAACCACAUCUUGGGAACAGCAGUAGGGGAAAGACUCUGGCAAUGCUAGGUGGUUUUUUAAGUUCUUUGUGUUAAUUAUUAACUCCAUUUCACACAGCCUUGGGCUCUAAAUAGACUAACUUAUGGUGUAGCUAACCAUAUUUUUGUAUGAGCAGUGAGGUGGGGAACAGGUACCUGGCCUCGCCUCCACCAGCAGGCCCCAUUCUGUUCUUCUGAUGGGAAUUCUCAGAAAAGUGGGAGAGGCAGUCAAGGGAAGAAAACUUCUAUUUGCCUUCUAUUCCAAUGCCUCUAUUUUUAGCCAAGUUUCUACUAAACUUGAAGAGGCAAAUUUUCAUGAAGAAUUUUUUUAGUGGACUAACUGUAAAAUAUCAUGAGACAAACAUUUGGAGAUAGAGAGGGAAGGAUGGUUGUUCUCCAUCAAGUUUGUUAUCUGACUUGCAGGCAGGGUAGUGUUUAGAUAAUAUGAAUUUAAAUAAAGUAACUUGGGAUGUAAACAUGAGCAGUGGACAUAUAUUUGUUACAAAGACUGGAGUGAAGGAAGCCUUUUUGCUUUAGCCAUUUUCUGUCCCAUCCACACCUUUCUCCAGGGUCAGACUACCUGUUAGAUAAAAUAAAAUUACUUUGGGCCUGUGAAGGGAAAGCCUGCUGCAUGUUUUCUAAGCUAUGAUGAACUGAGCAGCUCCUAAUUCUAGGACAAGCUGAUAGAGGAGCUGCCAUCACUAGCCAUCAGAGGUUUGUCAGUGCUAUCUCUCCCUAUUCACCUGGUGCAGGCACUGGAAACCAGGAUUGGGAAGCAGCUCUCCUUAAUCUGCAGUCACAAAAUAGACGAGGUUUUAUCUUUCCCAUAAUGCUUAGUUCAAUAGAGUAUGUAUUCGGCUUAAUCCUUUUUCUUUGCUCGUUCUUAUGAAUUGGUCAUAGCUCAUUUUUUCUCUUAGCUAUACUUUCUACUAGAAUUGUAAAAGAAAGACCUGCAAUAAACUUUCUUCAUUAAAAAAAAAACCAAAACACAAAAUGUUAUUCAUUUCUUUGGGAGCUCAGUUAUUUUGCCAGUGAAACUGUUGUCUUAUUCCCUCUGGAGAGACUGAACAAUUAGAUGCCUACCAAAACAAUUUAAUAGAAUUAAUUUGCGGGACUCCCAUAAACUGCAUUGUUUUAAAGUUCAUUGAUUCCUAUGAAAGACAUGAAUAAACAUGGUUGCUUUACCUUUUGAAGAACAUUUAAAGAUCAGAAAGUGCAAACUGAUGGUAGCUGAAAGAUGUGCAACAUCUUGGCAAAAAAAAUAUUAAAGGUAGGAAACCAUGGCAUGUAGUAAACUAUGAUAAAAAGGUUGGGCCACAACCAAUCCUUGUUAAUUAACUUUGUUGUGGGUUCCCUGGAGUAAGUUCAAUAUACUUGAAGAGUAUGGGAAUAGCCUUUGUGUAAAAUAACUUGUAUUUUGGUACAGUGCAGAAAUACAAAGCUUACUCAGAAGGGAAACUGGUGAGAGUCUGUAGCUGGCUGCCUGUGUGGUUGGUGAUUUCUGCAACAAGUCUCAGACUCAGCCAAAGAAAGGAUGUGGAAUUUCAGGUGGAGCAGGCUAACCAGCCUCCACAGCAAAGACAGGGAGCCCCUAAAAGAGCUGAACUGAGAGACCAGCAGAGAGGGAACAUCAAACAAAUAAUGAAUACUGGGUUAAGUUUCUGGUUUUGCAUCUGUAACAGAGAGGAUCAUCACUUGCCUGGUCAGCUGCCAGUUCUAAGCAAUUGCCUUUUCUCAUGGAAGAAGAAAGUGAAGACAAAUACCCUGACUUCGUGUCCUUAAGCUCAUGAUUUACCAACAUCUAAACAUGCUUAGACAAGACAAAGCAGAGGCAGGUGCCAAAAUGCCUAUUUAAAAAGAGUGCUGCCAGCUGGGAAAGAUGAUCAUAUGGCCAGAAAUCAGAUAAAAACACAGCUGAGAAAGUCCUCAACUCUUUGUGUGACCUUGGCAAAAUUCUAGCACUACUCCAUGCCUUAAAAUAGCUCCACGUAAGUUCAGUCUGUGCAUAGGUGCAGGAGGUAUCACACUUUAACAUAAAAAUAAAGACCUGCUGGUUAACACUAAAACAUUUAAUGAAGGUUCCUAAGUAUCACAUGUGGUUUCUUACCUGCUGCACUUUCAUUUAGUCCUUCUCUUAUUGUAGAGCCACCAGCUGCUGCUGGGGAGAAGGCAAAAAUAGUUCUGGUUCACAAUUUCUUUCCUGUUACAAAGGGAAAGAAACCAUUACAGAAACUGUAAACAAGUUACACAUUUCUCAACAAGGACUGUUACAAACACUCCACAGUGACAGCUCUACUGCUACCAUGCCUACAUUUUAAAAAAUGAGUUACUAAAAAACCCAAUUUUUUUAAUUAUCCUUGGUCUUUUUAGGUCCUUUGAAGGUGGGUACUUGUCACAGUAGCCCAGUGGAGCCAUUCCUGCAGUUCUAGAUUUAAAAUCCCCAGGACUGAAUCCUCUCCUACUGUAAAUCAGCACAUUACAUCCACUGGAUUCCCAUCAAUAUUUACCCUUACAGACCAUUGCCCCCAUUCUGGAACAUCAAAAAUUAUUUAAAAUAAUUGUCAAAAUAUAUUAAUAAAGAUGAUGUUUAAUGAUGAUGUUACUUCCA